CUCCCUUGGUGCUGGCCUGAUUGACUGCUCUUCAAGGAGCUAAUGUUGCAAAGGACCCCCUACUCAACCUGGGCUGGAUAAAAUGCCCACUUGGCCAAGCAUCACUGCUGAGUUGAUUUCGCAUGUGAACCUUGACACCGCCAUACCCGCUGUACUCGCGCCAACAACCGCGCAGUGUCAAGGUUCACAUGCGAAAUCAAUUUAACAGUGAUGCUCAGAGGAACAGUAAGGUGCGUCCCUGUGUAGCGAGAAAACCCCCGUGCCGAGAAAUAUUUUUUGUUUCAGACAUCUUAAGUCUUUCCUUGUACGCCUAUGAAGUUAUAGCUAAUAUAAUAAUGUUCUUUACGCAUUUCUCCUUAGGAAACCAGUUUGCAAUAAGAAAAAUACAACAAUCUUGGUCAUGCUUUAGUUAUUCCGUUCAUGGCGUCCAGGACUAAAUUAGCUUUACCCCCCUGCUCCACUGCGACUAUUAAUAUAUUUUCAAAUUUCGGAGGAU